AUGCGCACGGUCGUCAAGGAGGAAGACCUGUUGAAGUUCGUGGAGCGAACGCUAACCAAGUCGAUGCUGACUAGUGAAGACAAGGAGUCAGAUUUCGACACUAAGCAAACGAAGAUCAUGCGGAUGAUCGGAACGUCCGUGCCUCCGGAGAUCUUGCAUCAGAAUCGUGAGGUGAACAAGACGGUCAAGGUGCACACCAUCAGCCGUCUCGUGUCAGAGCUGUGGAGCAUGAAGCUGACGCCUGGAGAGGACGCCAACUUGCACCUGCGCAAGAUGGUCAACCUACGAACAGAGCUGAUCAUCUUGCAGUACAAUCUCGAGGACUCCGACAUGGUCGAAAUGUUGCUCGAGAGUCUGCCUGAACAAGAUGAGUUCGAGACGGUGAAGGCGUCGGUUCGCUAUUGUGGUA